CUUAUGAGAGGCUCUUGUUCAUCUCAACCAAGCAAUAACGAUAAAGAAAGAAAUUUUAUGGUUAUGGAGGUCUCAGCAUACAUUUGCAACAACAACUUCAUCUUCUCUUCUUCUCGUGCCAUAACACAAAAAUCUUCUGCUUCUUUCUCAUCACCUAUGCUUGUCAAAUCCAUGGCCACUCCCAAGCCUCUUCCCUCAGUCUCUAGAACUGUAGGCUCUAGAAAGAACUCAACUGUGUUCCCACUUGGGGAACAACCUAGGAGCAGCCCCGCGACAGCCACGCCUCCCAUAAAGCUUUUGACAAGGAUGGAGCAGCUGAAGCUGCUGAGCAAAGCAGAGAAAGCAGGGUUGCUAUCUGCAGCAGAGAAGUUUGGAUUCUCCCUCUCAACAAUAGAGAGGCUUGGACUCCUCUCAAAGGCAGAAGAGUUGGGUGUGCUAUCUGCUGCAACUGAUCCUGGAACUCCAGGGACACUCUUGACCCUCAGCUUGGGGUUGCUGAUCCUUGGACCCUUAUUUGUUUACUUCGUUCCUGAGGACAACCUUGGAUUUGUGGGGUUGCAGGUUGUGGUUGCCUUGGUCAGUGUAAUUGGGGGUUCUGCUGGCUUGGCUGCCUCAAAUUUUGUAUCCAACUUGCAGAAAUUGAAAUAAAUUUGAUGACCUUUUAAUGUCUCUUAAUAGAGCCGAAGACAUGAGUAUGCAGUUAUGUUGAAUAUUUGAAGGGAGAACUUUGUCAAUUGUAAUGAUCUUACCUAGUUCGAGUAGGAUGGUCUCUCGUAGAGGAUGAUCCAAUUAUGUUGAAUAUUUGGAGAGAAAACUUUUUCACAUAUAAAUAGUCUUACCUAGUUUGAGUAGGAUGACUUCUUGUA